UGUCGCGAAUCGCAGCACAGAAACAUCACAACAUGAAUCUCCCUGAUGGAUCGAUCUAUGCUGAGUGCCCCUUCCCAGUUGGGUCAAAGGAUUCCAACGUACACUGUGGUCCACAUGUGGUAAUCUCUUCGGUGUCCCUGAUGGAGAACUGGAUGCGGGAGAUUCGAACCUGGUUUGCACCUCAAACUGUGGAUGUGUUUCUGUACUCGUCCAAGUCAGCCAAUGGAUUCUGGGCAGGCAAUGGCCCCUGGAACGCCUCACAGUUGCCACUGGAACAACGGAUUGUUGUGGUUUCUGAUUCACUGUACAAGAAAGAAUUUUUGCGUUUUUUCAACAAGCCCUCAUCCCCUUCCCGUCCUGGAAUGAAGAGCCAACCGGUAUGGGAAUGUCCACGCCGCCGCAAUCCAAAUCAGUCCACAGAUGGGAGCAUAUUCUGUCUCAGGCCCUGCACCUUCAUCGCGGAUGAGGUGCAUGUGUUUCGCAAAAAUCCGGCAGAGUUGAUACCCAUGCGUGAACGCUCACAAUUUGUCAUCGGGAUGUCUGGCACACCGCUCAUCACAGAGCCCCAGGAUUUGUUGAACCUUGGACUUUUACUCGGUAUCCCCACCUUCAUGGACCUUGCCGUCACCUCCAAACAGUGGGACACUCAGAGGAGCGUUGCAUCUAUGCAAAGAGCUUUAAGCAAGAGGUGCAAGGCAGACUUGGAGAAGGCGAUGGAAACGGGAGAUUUCAGCACCAUCAACUCCGAUGACGCUGCCAUUGGUUACCGUGCCCUAAUCCAUGAGUCCAUCAUAGACUUCAAGAAGCACUUCGAAGGGGUGAUUCUGCGUCGUUGUCUGGAGUCCAAGCGUCGCGAUGGGACUCUUCUUGUUGCAUUGCCACCUCUCGUCCAGAUCCAGGUGUGGGUGAAGUUGGGUUCAGCACAUGAGAAUGCGCUGUCAGGCAUAACGAAGGCAGCAGUGGACAAUGGCACCAUGGGACCAAAAGAAUAUGGCCACCAAUUUUUGGGUCCCUGGAAGACUACGAACAGAACGGUGGGUUGGAGCACUGUGCCAAGUGGGAAACUGCACUGCAGAUCAUCAAGCACGACUGCCUUCGUGAUGACAUCCCCCCCUGCACCGUGAACGAGGCUGGGGAGAUCCAGAUUCCUGCACUUUCUCCUGGUGCAACUGUGAAGCCUACCCAGAAUCGGAAGAUCGCCGUGUUUAUGGAGUUCAAAUCCAAUGCCCCAGCCUUUGCCUCCGCCAUCCAUGUCAAACUCAACAUCGGUGCCCUCGUUCUGGAUGGGGACAAGGAUGCAUCGGUCCGGUUGCCUAUCAUCGACAAGUGGAAGCGUGGCGAGGUCGUGAAUGGGCUGCACAUUAGGGUCCUGAUCUUUACCAACGUUCUGAAGGCUGGUGUGAAUCUGAGCGCUGCUGAUCGAUUGA